AGAGAGAGUAGUUUUUAAGGAAUAUAACCCCCUGAUUGAUGUUAAACCUGAUGAAGCAAUUACCCAAGUUAGCAAUAUGUUCCAUGGCAUUGAUAAAGUUCAAGUAGUUGAAGUUACUCAAUCUGAAUCGAUGAUAAAUUUGAGUAUCAAGACGAAUAUUUCAGAUUUCAAAAUCAAAUACGAAGUAACUCUUACCAAGACUGAAGAUGAAAAGUUUAUGGAAAUGAUGACAAUCCCAAUGAUUCAAACCAUACAUUUUUUAGAAAUUCAACAGAAGAUGUUGUGCAAGUUGAUAGAGAAAAAAGAUAGAGAAUUGGAAGAGUAUCAGAUGGAAAAGGGGGCUAUUUCAAGGAGUGAUUUGAUCACUGGAAAGUUUGAAGCAAAUACCUUGGUUAAAUCUAGUAGAAAAUUAAUUUUGAACACCCUAGGAAAUUCCGAAAAAUUUAUGGACCACAUAAAAAGGAAAUUUGGGGAGGUGGAAGAAGAUGUGGUUGAAGUCGUUGCUGAAGUUUGGAAUGAAGGAAAAAAGAGGAGAAAAAUCUUUGAACAUAAAACACCAUCGAAGAAUUCCAAGAUAGUUUUUAAGGAAUAGGUUUUCUUUGAAUGUUAUUUUAUGUAAUACUUCUUUUUUUCAAUAGUUCUAGUCCUUGGGAAAUUGUUCAGUGAUUUGAUAUAAUUUUUUUACCAUAAAUAGAAAUACAUAUAUUUUUUUCCUAAUUUACA